CCGCAUCAUUAACCGCAACAAUUCAACGGCACACAAGAGAUUUGCCAGCAUCAAGCAUAACGUCGGCGCAUGUGCAAAUUUCUUUCAGACUCUCUGAGGCAGUCUCUUCCGACCGUGCAUUGCGCAAUCGAAAUGCCCCUAGAAGUCUCGUAUAGCGCCUGCAGGGGGCGCCAUGAGAAGCGAGCGCGCCAGAGAAAGCCAGCCCGUGGCGGCGGCGCGUCUGUGAAACUCCAAAGGAGUCUGGUGAGAAGGAAAGCAGUCUCGAACCGGGUCCUUUCCACCAGCCCCCGCUCAGUUGGCCCGUUUGCCCUGGAAACGAGAGUACUCUCCUCGUGUGAGUGAGCGCUGACUUGCGGGCGAAUGAAAACAUAGUGGAGUUCGCUGGCGUUUGAAAGUGCGCUCGUGGAGUUGUGCGCGGGCUUUCGUUUCAACUUGGAAACAUUUCGGACCAGCGACCUGUUUCUCACAUCAGCAUGUUCAGCUGAGGUUUCUGCACUAGCUAUCCAUCAACAAGUGUCGCGACGAUGCAGUUAUAGCAGUGAUAUGAGUGAGGAAGUGCCGGCGAUGGUGCUGUCAGUGACUUGCGUUCGGUGAGAUGUUGGAAAUGUGUAUGCCGUGAUAGACGAAACGUUGUGAAGUCACGCGGUCUUGUGUGUUCACGGCGUUUUGGCGUUGCACCUGUUCAACCAUGGACAUCUUGCCAAGUGGAAAUAUCUUUCAUGAACUUCAAGCAAUUCAUGACACUGGUUUUUUUCCUGCCCAACCGUCGCUGGAGGACUCCUGGCAACAGACUAUCUGGGAAAUGGAUCGAUACUUGAAAGAAGAGCCUCGAGGCCUGAAGCGGUGCUCAACGAGAGAACCUUUAGAAGGCCGCCCGUGGGACGAGUGCAGCAGCCCACCAGACUCCAAACACCACGUGGACUCUGGACUUGGCAGCAGCGACGUUGGAGACUCCAGUGAGACAGAGGGCGACCAUCUGUCGGACGAUUUAGACGGCCCCUUGGACAAUGCCAGUGAAAGUUCCGCAUCGAGUGCGUUGUCGUGGGAAAGCGACGCUUGGCCAAAGAACUCCAGGCCGCGGAAGAUUAGCGCUGCCCCCUUCACUGUGAAUCUUGUGCCGCGUGUUGCUUUGACACCCCCAUCGUCCCCAGAAGUAGCUCAAAGAGCAGGACGACCGUCACCCCGGGUAUCUUCCAGGGAGGCAGGACCGACAGCACUGCUUUUGCCCACGAACAGCAAGCCUGAUCCCGGUCAUUACGCCCGUGGUCGACGUUUCGACGGCGAUAGCAGUAAAAGACGUAUCCACCGCUGCCAGUUUAAUGGCUGCAAAAAAGUGUAUACGAAGUCUUCACACCUCAAAGCACACCAGAGGACGCACACAGGUGAGAAGCCUUAUAAGUGUUCCUGGGAUGGCUGUGAGUGGCGUUUUGCCCGUUCAGACGAGCUCACACGACACUACCGGAAGCACACAGGUUCCAAGCCUUUCAAAUGCAGCCACUGCGAUCGUUGCUUCUCACGUUCUGAUCACUUGGCCCUGCACCUGAAGCGUCACCAGUGAAGUCUUUGAUGCCCCCUCUGCUUAUGGCAGUUCCUCUACCCACGUGGUCCUGCAGCAUGUCACUGGUGUUGUACACCACAAUGUGCGAGCCAUUGCCGUGCUUCGGCCUUCCUCUGCCAUGUUUCAGCCAGUUGCUUCUUAAGGCCCUCAUCAUGCCCGCUCAGGGAGGCCACAACAGUCACCAACUUAAACGCUGCUGAACCCACCGCCUUAUGACUCCAAAAGCACUGAGACAAAUGUGUUCCUCGCUCGAUAAGACGCCCUAAGCACUGUUGAUGACAUCUGCUACGUUCCAUGCCUGUGUCUUACGCGCUACAUACAUAUCACGCAUCUGGCAUCCCAAUGUGACACAGAUUCAAUGCAUUCUUCAAGCUUUUGGUUAUAUUAAUUGGGUUUUAUUCUAACUUUUAUUUCACACAAUAAGGUCUCCAACAGCAUAUUGAGAUGCACAAGUGAUAUGUUGGGAGUGCAAGUGCCCAACUAGCACUUGAAUACACUACUCGCUCUGCUGAAUGAGAUCUACAUUUGUCAUUUCUUCUGCUUUGUCUGGACAUAAAAAGGGAGAGAAACAAAAAGAACACACUUCUAACUAUUCUUUUCGACUUCUCAAAUAUUCGCCAAAAGAAUUGUAUAUGGAAAACUGAUGUCCCAGCUUUUACAUUCGUCAGUAUGUGUUGCCCUGAAUUGUGGGAUGAUAUUUCAGUGGUCCCACAAGUCAACCCCCUCCAUUGAGCAAAUUUAGAUGAACAAAUCACUGCUCCACUGGCAUAUGUCGUUCAACCUUUGUGCAGCAGCCUACGUGAUGGUUCAAAUUGUAAUACUCGUUCCUGUGUCAUCACGCUUGCAUCUGCAGUCAAAGUCUGGUGCCAGUAUAUAUAUAUUGAGUCCAAACACUACUAUGUGGCUCAUGUGCAUGUCUGCAUGGGUAAAUCACCUUAUUCUUGGUGCACCUGCCAGAAGUGAGGUCUCCCAGGAACUUCUUUAAAGAGACAGUUCGCCACACAUGUAUUGAAUGCAUGAAUAGAGCCUGAAGUUUCCAGGAAAUUUUUAAAAAUAAAUUUUGGGGGUAAAAAUUGGGUAAAUAAACAUGUGCAGUAAAUUCAUGCGAAUUCGGGUUAAAAAAACUUCGACUAUGCUAAAUUCAGGGAGAAAUCUGGCUCAGUUACUCAAGCUAGUUAGCUUGAGUAACUGAGUAGUUUGGCACAAAUGGUAAUGUACCUGCAUUUGCUGCCAAACAAGUAAGUUAGUGCAUUCCUACAGACAUCCCAGUGAAGGCAAUUUGCCAGGUAAAAAUUGGGUUUCAUCCUAAAGAGGCAACCUUUAAUUCGGUGUGCAAAUUCGGGGAAAAAUCGGGUAAAACCCUAAAACUUCAGGCUCUAUGCAUGAAUGAUGUUCCCUUGCCAAUUUCCCGCUGCCAACAUCACGUUCCUCAAAUCCUCAGACUUAAUAUGUGGCAUCAUACCCAGAAGACUCCCAUAACAUUUCUACACGUGUGAUCUUCCAGCAAGCAGGUGCACUGGAUAAGCAGAACAUCUGUUAACUGGAUUAAGUCUGGGAACCUCUCCGACGAAUAAUCACAAAAGGGAAACAUUCAGGCUAGUGCAAUUUGUAGUGGACUGUCACUUUUCUCGGGGUUGUUGUGUGAAGCUAGCGCGGCUGUUACUGCAAGGUCUAAUGAGACACAAAGUGGAAUUGGUUGCUUCCCUGUACUGCUUGAGUUUGGUGUUGCCUUAGACCUACAUGGCAUGGAACCCGACUUGGUGCUUGGACUUCAUGGCUUGGUUGUCCCUUUGCCUCAGCAGACUUGGACAAGAUGUAUGUGAAUGUGUGUGUGUGUGUGUGCGUGCGUGCGUGUGUGAGGUGCGUGCAUGCGUGCGUGCAUGCAUGCUUCUUUUGUUUUGAAAACUUUCUAAGCUCCACUGCUUCUUUACACUUCCUAACAAAGACUGUGUUGCGCAUUGAAGCAGUGGAAACAUUUCCUCCAUUUUAAAGUGAAUUUCCACAGAAUGUGGUAUGUCAAUUCAUGGAAUGAUAACACUGCCUCCUAAGUGUGAUCACAUCAUCUUUGACCGUCAGUGUACAUUAAAUCAAUACCAUACCAACGUUCGAGUGCUGUCUGACUAGGAUGUAUCAGUUAUUUCUAUUUACAAUGUUGCGAUAUUGAUUUUCUUUCCUUUAUUUCACACAUUUGUUGAGAUGUUGUUGACAUUGAUGGAAACAAUUGCAACAUGUUGCUUUUUGUCUGGACGCUGCUUGGCUUCUACUGUGUUGCUUUGACAUUGGCUUAGCAUUUAUUCACCAUAUUUUUCACCUCCAUUUGGCAGAAGCGUGAGUGAAGGUGUACUCCGUGCAGGCUGUGCUCACUGCCGAUAUACUUUUACCUUUUCGUGCUAUGUGAAAAAUAUGGAUACUGCUAGUGCUUCCAUUUUUAUUGCAUCUUUACUCUCAUCUAAAUUAUAGGUGGCAUGCUUUUCAUCAUCCAUUGGGUUCAUAAUCAAUUUUGGGAUUUCUGAUACCUGCUCAUGUGAGCACCUCAGCUCCUUCUGGGGCAUUGCCAAAAUAGGCUCUAUGUAAUUGGCCCAUGCACAAGGCAAACUUAUUUCCAAAUAUGAUGGCAGUUAUUUCCAAGGCAAAUAUGAUGUAAUUUGUGUAAUAAACACCUAUGUGGUGUUAGUCCUCUAAACUUAAUCUCCUUUCUAUCAUGAUUGUGUGCAUUUCGAUUGUGAACAGCACUCAGCAAUUGGUCACAGAAAACGCAGGUUCAUCACACUCUGUAGGAGAUCAAUUGUCCACAAGUAUUAUGUUGACGUGAACCAUAGUGAUGUCUUUCAUGCUACUGUAUCUUCUAGGUCACUCUUCUAAUCUAAAGGGUAAUCUUCCGUAGGUUGGGUUAGCGUAUAUGAUAAGUGUCGGAAGAACUGCAGUGGCCAGUUGUUCACGUGUACUGUUUGCUUUUUGUACAAAGUAUACCCCUUGCACCAAAUUCCAUGCCAGAGAAACGUGAGGGCAUUAGUGGAAGCAUAUUACCUAGUCUCAUUUUAAAUUGCACUCAAGUGGCUACUGACUGCCGCCUUUGUGUAGCUGCAAAAUAGCUGUUCUAGUCCUGCAAAAAUUACGUCGACAGUGAGCAUUGCUUAUGCUUAGUCCUGGACCCAUUAAUAGGGCUAUUUUUAUUCACAGCAGCAUGGGGUUGUCUUGCAUUUAAAGCCAGACAUUGAUGAAACUUUGCAGUUUUGAGCGAUAUUUAUCCAUCAUAAAAGUUAAACGUGCCAUUUUCUAAGGAUCAUAAUUGAAUAUUGUGUGUCAAGUACUGUUUGUGUGUAGUUUGUGUUACAAGUAAUUCCAGAAAUCAUUUGGCUUUUCUUUACACGUUUGCUCCUGAGAACAUCUAUAUGUAUCAACUUCAUUUAACAUAAUCAUUAACAAUUUUACAUUUUCAACUGCAUUACAUUUAAGACACUGUAAAAGCCAUAGCAGAGGUAUCCUGUUGGUUUUUUCCUGCUUGAUUCAAAAAGUAUAUUUCAUUAACACAUCCGUUGGUGACAGACCCAUGUUUUUCGAGUAUGGAAGACCCUGGGAAUGGAAUGCAGAUUAUUCAGGACCAAAAGCACAACUCAAGAUCCCGAUUUACAAAAUUGUCCCUGGAAUGUGAAUCCACACUGGCACCCUUCUCUUAAUAGCCUUUUCUCUGGAGUAAAAAGCAGCAGUGAACUACUGAAGGGCGUUUGACAACAAAUGAUGCAAAGUAGAGCGAACCACCUAUCAUCUCAAAGUGAAAGCUAGCUCUUCGACUACUUCAUGCAUCACCCAUCAUCAUCGAUAACUAGCCAACAUUGCAUGGUCUGUGAUUUGUAAAUAGAUCUUUUCAAGGAGUUAUUGCGCCUAGUGAGCUACUACAUUUUUCUAGAAAUGAGAGCGAAAUGUGCAAGGUGAAAAUUAGAAAGGCUAUCUGAUGUUACUAGAUCUCUGCACUUAGUUUUGUUGUCACCAUGUCCGCACUGAAACAAAAAUGUUUCCCUUUUCUAUACUUGCUCAGCUUUUCAGACAUUGCGAACAUUUACUACACCUGUUUGCAGCUUCAAAGGCUCAAAAAGACUUCACAACACUGAGUCAGUAAUUUUUCGAAGUGAUAGAGAUCACAUUCGUCGAGACGCUAUGGUGCAUCGUUAUCCAACAUUUAUGUAGCAUGGCACUUUUAGAAAUCUAGUAGAUUGAUUGGAACUCUGAACUUAGUCAUGCUGUUGCAAGAAGAAGCAUUAUUAUUAAUGUACACUUCAAAUUAUUGAAUAGUGUGAGGAACUGGGUCGUUUGGUUGUAUAUAGUCAAAAAAAAGACAGACCCCCAGUGCUCGGGGGUUUGUCUUUAUUUUAACUAUCACAUUAUUGAGUUGAAAAAUUUUAGGCAUAAUAAUAAUAAUAAUAAAAAAAAGGUGACCAGGAAACCAAGGACCUUAAACAGUUUAGUGUCCCUCAUGCGCGUUAUACAUUUUAGAGCAGCUUGAUGUCAUUUUAGCUAGUUGCUCCCUGCCAGGUAGUUACAGUGACAUUCUGAAGAUUUAACCCAUCCAUUGAAGACAUCAUGCCAACCAAGCUGUAGCUCGUUCACUUACAGCUUUAGAGAGCACCAUUCAGAAGCAUUAUUGUGCUCUUCAAAUAAAUUUGCGUUCAAAGAAAGGGACCAUAGAGUGUAAGGAAAUAAGUGAUUGCUUACUGUUUCUAGGGUGCACUCUGUGAGGGGCGACUAACCCAAUUACCUGCUCAGUAUGUGUAGCUUAAUGCAAUUGUGGUGCCUCAAGGUCAGGUUGCAAGGAAAUUACGAUGGUGGUGUUAUGCUGUUCCACCCUGCCAUUGCAGAGAUACCCAUCACUUGAAAACUAUACUUUACAUAAGUAAUGUGGGAAAGGGCUGAAGCCAUCAGCUUUUCAUUGAUUAGCACAAUGUAGCAGAUGAAAACAAAAUGUUUUGUAAGGAUAGCCAGUGACACUUUGAGGGCUGAUAUACAGUAUUGCAUUUGGUUAUAUGAUUUCACAAUUUUAUUACGUAUUUGAAUGUUGACGUUUUAGUGCACAGUUACUGCUACCACGCAAAACUGCUUUCAAUACUGUGCCAGCUUCUGUGAUCACGGAGUGAAACAAUGAUUCAUAAUUCUGUCAGACUGAAUACAGUGAAUAAUGCUUUUUUCUUCUUUGUUUGGAUGGCUACUGCUAGAGCAUAAUUGUCAAUGGCUUGGACAACAGAUAUGUUUGUGACAGCCAAACCAUAAAUCAUAUUGCACAUGAGUAACAUGCACAGGAUUGUAGGAGAUUUAAAUUUCAGGUCGCAUUACUAGUAUUUCGUUUAUCUUCAAGAAAUAUGCAGGGUGAUUCAAAUAAUGAUAUCCUUUUGCCAUAUGUAGGGAGACUGAAGAUUUUUUGCAGAUUCUUCUUCAUGAUGCACACUAUUUAAUAACAAUUUCUUCUGCCUAAUUAACAAAUAAGGUGAUUAACAGGCAGAGAAAAUUGUGCGACUAGGCCAAAGCAUAAGGCGCAGAAGGAAAAAUAUUCAGAAGUAGUAGCACAUCGCUUUUGACUUCAUCAGGCAAUUCUCCAUGCAUCUAACCUUACGACCACAGUGUGAAAAAGUUCUUUAAAAAUAUGCCUAUGUGUAAGAAAUAAAUGUGCGGAACACAGUGCAGACAAAUCAGUACCUGUCCAGGGGCUAUCAUAAACACAAAAACAAAAAUCCUUGGUGUUUUGAAGGAGAAAACUAGGAGCCACGAAAGGCUAAGACAAAAAAAUUAAACGUGCAUACACACACAAAAUAUGUAGUAUAAUAAUUGAGGAAUGUUCCUCAUAUUUCCCACAUAUUGGUUGCAGUUCCCAAUGGAUCGAUUGACAGUUUGUUUGAAGUAUCAGGUUGUGUAAAGUUUGUAGAGGUAAGGACACAUUUCCUUUCUGACUUUGAGUAUGGAUUUCAAAUUCCUGAUACACAACCAUAACUCCACCUAUAACUGCACUAGAAAUUGAAGUGCUGCUACAGAUGAAACAGAAAGAUGCUUCAUUGUUUAGCUACUCCAGUGGGACACAAACACAGAAUUUGUUUUGUUUUGUUUCUCAUUUAAUGCAAUAUUAGAAUUAUGUACUUGAGAAAUAGUAAAUGCAAAAUUACGAAACUUUUCCCUUGACACAGAUGAUUUAUAUCACUCUGUACAUGGAAGCCUAUAUGGUGUAUCUUGAAGGAAGCAUAAUUGAUAACUGAUGCUGUCAUUCCAUGCAGUUACUUCUCUCAGUGUACAUAAAACUGUUUUUGGCAUGCAUAGGCGCAGCUCCGUUGUGCAUCCUGAAAGCUGGGCAGUGUAAUAAACUUACGCAGCAAAAACUCAAAAACGAAGAAAGCUCGGAUGUUGUGAAGAGAUCCCCACUUUUCAUCUCUGUCUCCAUUUACCCUCAUACACAAAAGUGAGUGUCUGCUGCAGUGAAAGUUGUGAUGAACUUCUUGGCAUUUAUGAAAUGAGCUUGCGGCAUGGUACAAAGGACAAAUAAGUGCGGGAAAUGUGUGUGGGGUGAGACUGGGCAUGUCACAUCAUUGUACCCAUGUUGCAAAAGUAGUGGGGGCACUCUUUCAUUGAGUGCCCAAAGGAAACAAAUUGUAUAAAUUCAAAAGCAGAGAGAAAUGUUGUAUACGAAGAUACUUUUUUGCAAGUUUUGUACGUUUCUGCUGAAGAGAGAUAGUGUAUUAUAUAACCUAUGGCACAUACAGUGUUUCGCUCUUCUUUCCCAUUGUCUUUUAUUUUGCUGUACAGAGAGGAAAUGAGAGAGAGUUGUUUAAUGCAAGAAUAAAAGGAUGCAAAUUUUUUGCUGGA